UCAGAUAUAUGUUUCAAUGUAUAACAUUUUUAUUGCGGUCUGCAUUACUGUGUUUGACCAUGAACGUGACUGUCCUACCCAAAUGCAAAUUUCAUUUCCAUAGAUACGACACACCCACUGGUUAGGUCCGGUUAAGUUUCUGUUUCCAAUAGGAGGAGCAUCCAUCUUAGUUUUUCUAUAGCUUGAAACAAACAGCAGCUCACAACAUCCACUGCAAUUUUGUGACGGUUGUCCUAAAAGGUAAAAGACCAUGAUUGAAACAUUAAAUGAAUUAGCCCAUCUCAGAGACUCUGGGUUUGGUCGUCCUUGGCCCAGACAUGGACUCAAACUCUUGCACUGGUUUGCCAACGAGUGCAUUUCUUUUGAAAACAUUAAUGACAUUUACUCUGAAUGUAACCCAGCCCAGGGAGAUUAUGGUUUUCACCAUUAUCAGAACAGAUUUAAUAGACGUGGUAAAAAACUUCUACCAGAAGUAAAUAUCCCAUACUACGUGGUUGGCAAUCUUAAUUUACGAGGUGCUAAUCAACUUCCUACAUAUGUCUCGGAAGACAACUCUACACACAAUGAUGACAGCAAUACAGACCGGAUCAUUAUCAGCCUAUAUAAUAAAGCUUGGAUUAAAAUAGUGUAUGUCACUCAGCACAAUGACCAGUCAGAGUAUGAUCCAGACGCCACUUACCGGAUUUCCAAUGUCCUGCUCUUGAUCAUCAGCAGGAUGGAUUUAGAUGAAUUUCUGUGUGAAACAGGCUAUUAUCAUCAAGCCCAGUUUCAAAGUCUUGUGCAGCCCAUUUCUCCAAUAUCAUCCAGCGAUUUCAGACCUGACCCUACAAAUGUUCCCGUGGUUUCUCCAGCCAUUCUUCCACCAGUAAUCGAAGAUGUUUCUGUUGACAUGGAAGCGCCUCCUGCUGCACCAACCAUUGACACCAAAAUCCAGAUAGAUGAAGUUAUUAACACACCUGAACUAGAACUUUCAGAGAACGUCCCUCAAAAGAAGGGAUGGUGUAGGUGUACCAUACUUUAAGUUUUCUUGAAAAGUGCACAUUUAUAAGAAUAGAUCCCCAUUGCCAUUCUAAAGUUUUAUCUCUUUGUAUCCUUUAAUCAUUAUUUACAAAUGUUUAAACGUACAUAAUACUUACUACGGUUUUUCUGUCUUUUUGGUGGUACAUUAAGUCUAUUAUUUUAUCAUGAAGAGAAAUAUCAUAAAAAUUCAAAAUUGAUUCAAUGUAUUUUAGGCCACUUACAGUAGUGCAUACAACUGUAAAAUGUAAAACCGCAAAAUGUAGGAAGUUUUGUUGUGAAAUUCAAACUGACAGGCUGUUAAGCAUUUAUACAUGUUAAUAAAUUAUGUUUUUAAAGAUGUUUAAAUGCUGAAAAGCAAUAGUGACUUGUUUUGUUCUUUAAUCUGCACAGGACUGU